CUCUGAGAACUCAGGGCUGUCCUCCUCCACCUGCUGUCUCAGACUGCUGGAAUAAGGAUCAAGCCUGAGCUGGUAAUCAAUAAAACCCCGUGCUUGUGUGUUUGCAUCGGAUAUUGGCUCUGUGGUGGAUUUGCUCUGAAGUCUCACGACAAUAAGAGGCCCAGGACAUUGACUUUCAACAGGAUGAAGACUACAACUUGCUCCCUUCUCAUCAUCAUCUCACUUCUCCAGCUGAUGAUCCCAGUGAACACUGAGGAGACCUUAGACUCCAUCAUAAAGAAGCUCAAGGAAGCUCUCAGCGAUGGAGGUAACCAUCCCUCUACUGUGACCCAUACACUCUCCUGCACUAGUGUGAAGGCUUCAGGCAACCUAGCCUCCUGUUCUGCUGGGAUGAUUGCUACUGGAUGUUCUUGUGGCUUUGCCUGUGGAUCAUGGAACAUCCAGAAUGAAAAUGUUUGCCACUGCCUGUGUCCAAUUAUUGACUGGACUCUUGCCCGCUGCUGCCAACUGUCCUGAGAAUGAGGAGACUGAGAAUCUAGUUUUGAAAUGAUGAUUUUAAAACAACUAUGAUCUCUCCCAGAAAGCCUGACUGAUUGUCCCUGUACUGAAUUCCUAUUACACAGUAUUCCUGCUUCUUAAAUAAUAAAGAGAGAUUUGCACUAAUCUA